AAAAUCCAAUAUAAAUGUGGGCAUUAACAUUUUCAUCGUCGCCAGCUCCGUCCAUUGUUUUAAAGUAGCCUUCAUUUUCCGAUUCAGCUGCGCUUUCCCAUGGCUGCCUCCUCCACCAUUAACCGAUGGCUGAGGCCCGAGGUGUAUCCACUAUUUGCAGCGGUGGGAGUAGCUGUUGGAAUUUGUGGGUUUCAAUUGGUUCGCAACAUCUGCAUCAACCCUGAAGUCAGGGUGACCAAGGAGAACAGGGCAGCAGGAGUGCUGGAUAACUUUACAGAAGGGGAGAAAUAUGCAGAGCAUGCUCUUAGGAAGUUUGUUCGUAACAGGGCUCCAGAGAUCAUGCCAUCUAUCAAUGGCUUCUUCAGCGAUCCAAAGUGAUGGCUAAAUUUAAACCUGAAAUUGAUUGAGACUGUUAAUGUUUGUUUUUGACAUUUGAAUGAGAUCGACUGGAAUGGCAGUUUUAUGCACUAGCUUGAAUUCAAAAUGGAUUCAGAUAUAAAAGAAAAUCUCAAAAUAAAUGUCGUUAACAAUCACAA